AUGACCAUGUACACGGAACUCUUGAAGCCACUCAAAGUGGGGCGCUACACGCUUCCCAAUCGGAUGGUUAUGGCUCCCUUGACGCGUUGCCGGGCAACUGAAGACGAUCACGUGCCACGGACGGAUUUAAUGCUCAAACACUAUGAGGACCGGGCUUCUGCAGGUCUGAUCAUUGCCGAGGCAACGAUGGUUCAACCAAACUACAGCGCCUUCCUCUCAGAACCUGGGAUCUACUCCGAUGCUCAGGUUCAAGAGUGGAAAAAGAUUGUGGGCGCCGUGCACAAAAAAGGCGGCCUUAUAUUUCUACAACUCCAUCACGGUGGAAGAGCCGGGCUUCCGCACAAAAUACUUCGACAACAAAAAAGUGACAAGGAACCCCUUGCUGGACGCCUGCUUGCCGCUAGUGCUCUUCCCAUUGUUGAACAUCAGAUCCCUCCUUUCUUCAGUGAGAGCGGUGAGAAGGAACCGUACGGUGUGCCGGAGGAGCUUACGGAUAACGACAUUCAGAACGGUAUUAUACCACUUUUUGUGCAAGCGGCCAUCAACGCCGUCCACAAGGCUGGAUUCGACGGCGUUGAAAUUCACGGGGCCAACGGCUACUUAUUGGACGGCUUUCUUCGGGACUCCGCAAACAAGCGCCAAUCCUCUCGGUACGCCGGAAAUACGAUUGACACACGAUGCCAACUUAUUUACGACAUUACCAAAAGCGUGUGCGAUGCAGUAGGAAGCGACCGUGUGGGGCUCCGUAUUUCCCCAAUAAACAGCGCUGGCGGAUUGAUUGAUUCCGACCCGGAAGCUCUCACCAAGCAUCUGUGUAGGAAAAUUGAGCCGCUGUCCCUUGCCUAUCUGCAUUACCUGCGUGGCGACAUCUUUGGUAAGCAAGAGGGCGAUGUUGUGUCGUGGGUCCACGACACCUACAAGGGAGUCAAAAUAUCCAAUCUACGCUACAGCCUUGAAGAAGCAAACGAACAAAUACGGCAAGGCAAAGUUGACGCAGUAGCUUUCGGGAGCAAAUUCAUCGCUAACCCCGACCUUGUUGAAAGAGCCACUCACAACUGGCCUCUCAAUGAGUCGAAACCACAAUACUACUACACAAGAGAUGCAGUCGGAUACAACGAUUAUCCAAAAUACAAGCAAAAAUAA